AUGAAGAACAAGGUUAAAUUAGCUAAUUAUGUGGAUAAGUUGCCGCCGGUAAUUCACAGUCGUUUGGAGAAAGUAAGAAAAGAGUCAAAACAUUGGCACCCAAUAUGGACAAGUGAUACUAGUUAUGAGAAAUUUGAGGUACAUGGUUACCUAGCCAACCAUGUUGUUGAUCUAGGAAAGCACCUUUGCACGUGUCAAUUUCGGAUGCUGACAGGAAUACCCUGUGUGCAUGCCUGUGCUGCACUAGCUAGAGUGAACAAAAAUCCAGAGGAUUUUUGCCACAAACUAGUUACAAUGGAAUCCUAUAGAGAGACAUAUCGGCAUCAUAUCAAUCCUAUUCCUGGGCAGACCUUCUGGGAGGUUUCAGAAUCUCUUAAGCCCUAA